UAGCACUACUCUGUGAUUCUCUCCCACCGACGCAGCGCCACAGUUUCUUUAGAAACUUACCUCCUUUAAAUUUUAUCAUUUUCAAAGAAACCUUCUUGUCGUUAAAAAUACAGAUUUCCAGGCGAAGAAAGCGGCUGAAUGGAGAGGAAAGUUACAUAUCUCUUUGGAAUCAUUGCCUUUGCCAUUUUUUUCCGGACGAGAGCCUAUCAGAGAGGGAAUUUGUUCAAGUGUAAAGAAGGAAACAUUUUUAUUCGUGAUACUCAUCGCUGCAAUGGAAUACAUGAAUGCCCAGAUGCAUCAGAUGAAACUGGCUGUGACAAUGUCCUUUGCAAAGACGAAGAAGGAGAUACGUACGUUAUAAAAAGUGAUGAAGGUUGGCAAGCGUCGAGUUGUCUUCUCUGCCAAUGCAGGAAAGGAAUGCUGGAGUGUCGAAAGAGAUUAGAAAUUAACUUUCCUGGCUACUUUACUGAUUUCUAUGUCCACGAAGAGAUUUGCACACAGCCUUCAUGCAAGAUUAAGAAGUUUUUAAGCAAAAAAGACGAAUGCAAAGGUGUUGAACUGAUAGAGAACGCUGGAAUAGCGUUCAAAGGUCAAAGUUGGCGACAUGGUAAUUGUUCCUUCUACUUCCCUGGGGUUAUCGGCACGCUAGAUGUAUGUCCACCAAUGAGCAGACCCAUCUGUUAUGUUUACAAUGGAAAAAUCUGCUGUGCUAAGCAUUGUCCAGGUCUUCAAGAAAUUGCAAAUCACAUCAGAGGGAAUCCUACUCUAUGUCCCAAUGGUCGCCAGCUAACAUCAGCUGACAGUUUUUGUUCACGAAAUUUUGACCUCAAAAAUUGUUCAUCAGAUGUUACUUGUCGGGAUGAAGACUUAAACCAUUACUUUGAAGGCUCAACAUGGCGUGUCGGUGACUGUAUGCAGUGCGCGUGCAAUCAAGGGAAAAUUCAUUGCUUAAGGAAACUACGGCUGGUACUUUUUUCGAAAUUUGGAUACAAAGAUGUUCUAAAGUACAUAAAAACCGACAACUGCAACCAAAGAGAGUGCAAUGUGGCGGAAUUUAUGAAAAAGAAGCACAGAGUGUGCUCAGCUUGUUCCUGGAAUGGUAAGCUCUAUUACGAUGGUGAUCGCUGGAAAGAAAACGGCGUGGAUUUUUAUUGUAGCUCUGCAUCUGAAAAAGUGAGACCUGGAUGCUAUGUGGAAGCUGGUCUAGUUGACUGCACUGGUGCUAUAUCAGAAUUAAGGAAUCUGUCCUCAAUAUCUAAAGACAAGCUCUUCUUGUGUGCAAGUGGUGACAAGAUCAGACCGUUUGGUGACAGAUGCAAUAAAGAGGCUAGUUGUGAUGACCAAUCAGGCGAGUGGAAUUGUGAUCAUUGUGAGUAG